CGGCCUCUUUCUGUCGUGGCAUCUGGAGCUGUGUGGAUCGCUCGUGUGCUACGUGGAGCGCAGUUAGCUAAUCCGACGAAUCUUGUACUGAGGAUAGGACAUCGGACGUCAGUUUUAACGAGACUAUUAUCGUGAAGAAUACAAAAUGGGUAAGGAGAAGAUUCAUAUUAACAUCGUCGUCAUUGGACACGUAGACUCUGGGAAAUCGACAACCACGGGACAUUUGAUCUACAAAUGCGGUGGUAUCGACAAGCGUACGAUCGAGAAGUUCGAGAAGGAAGCCCAGGAGAUGGGCAAAGGAUCGUUCAAGUACGCCUGGGUCUUGGACAAGUUGAAGGCUGAACGUGAACGUGGUAUCACCAUUGAUAUCGCCUUGUGGAAAUUCGAGACGUCGAAAUAUUAUGUUACCAUCAUCGACGCUCCCGGGCACAGGGAUUUCAUCAAAAACAUGAUCACCGGUACCUCGCAAGCUGAUUGCGCCGUACUGAUCGUCGCCGCCGGUACCGGUGAAUUCGAAGCCGGUAUUUCGAAGAACGGACAGACCCGCGAGCACGCUCUGCUCGCCUUCACGCUCGGUGUGAAGCAGCUUAUCGUCGGCGUUAAUAAGAUGGAUUCUACUGAGCCUCCUUAUUCCGAGUCCCGAUUCGAGGAAAUCAAGAAGGAAGUGUCAUCGUAUAUUAAGAAGAUCGGCUACAAUCCGGCUGCUGUCGCGUUCGUGCCCAUUUCCGGCUGGCAUGGGGAUAAUAUGUUGGAAGUGUCCGCUAAAAUGCCCUGGUUCAAGGGGUGGACUGUGGAGCGAAAGGAAGGUAAGGCCGAGGGUAAAUGCCUUAUCGAAGCUCUGGACGCUAUCCUGCCGCCGACCAGGCCGACUGACAAGGCACUUCGUCUUCCCCUCCAGGACGUAUACAAGAUCGGUGGUAUCGGAACUGUGCCUGUUGGUCGUGUCGAGACUGGUGUGUUGAAACCCGGUAUGGUUGUUACCUUCGCACCUGCUGGACUGACCACUGAAGUUAAGUCCGUCGAAAUGCACCACGAAGCUCUCCAGGAGGCUGUGCCCGGCGAUAACGUUGGCUUCAACGUUAAAAACGUGUCUGUUAAAGAGUUGCGUCGUGGUUACGUCGCUGGAGACUCCAAGAACAACCCGCCCAAGGGUGCCGCUGAUUUCACCGCGCAGGUCAUCGUGCUGAAUCACCCGGGUCAAAUCAGCAACGGAUACACGCCUGUGUUGGAUUGUCACACGGCCCAUAUCGCGUGUAAGUUCGCCGAGAUCAAGGAGAAGUGCGACCGUCGUACCGGCAAGACCACCGAGGAGAACCCGAAGGCAAUCAAGUCUGGUGACGCGGCCAUCGUCACCCUCGUGCCCAGCAAGCCCAUGUGCGUGGAGGCUUUCCAGGAGUUCCCGCCUCUGGGACGUUUCGCCGUUCGCGACAUGCGUCAGACGGUCGCCGUCGGCGUUAUCAAGGCCGUAACCUUCAAGGACGCCACUGGCAAAGUCACCAAGGCCGCUGAGAAAGCCCAAAAGAAGAAAUAACUACAAUAGUUUCCGUGCAUAUACCGAUAGUUUCCGUGCGAAUAUGUCGCCGCGUGAACGCCGGCAUGCAACAGCCGACGCAGCUCGCUCUCUCUCGUCACGCGACCUACACGUGUCGGACGUCGUAGUGUCAUCUCCGUCGUCGUCGUCAUCGUCAUCGUCGCUGACCGCGGAACUCGCCACCGCGCAGCCACGAAUUACCGGGAGUAAAGAAAUUACAAUCCAAUCGCGAAGAUUGGCUGUUCGCGCGCACGAAGAAGUGACGCGUACAACGCGUUUCCUCGACGCGCGUGUAUUUCGUUUGUCGAGAUGGCUGCUCCGCCAUUUCUUCCAUCGCAAAGCAUUCCGCAGGAAAGGAAAAAAUUCUCCACCACCGUCCGGUGGCGACGAUGACAAAUCGAUUAACGAGAUACGCUACAUCAGACGGACCCACGCGCACGCGUGAAAGGGGAAAGCGAACUUCGCGCGAACUAUCUAACAACAUCUUCAUCGUUCGUCACGACGAACGUCAACAUCAUCAUUUAGCGCGGCUUAAUUAUAUUUUCUAAUUAUACGAAAAUAAAUUCUGUAUCAGCUUGAUACUCGAAGAAAAAAAAAAAGAAACAUUACUCUCGUUAUUACUAUUAUUCUUAUUCUGAUUUUUUCUCGAUGUUCGGCUGCGAAUUGGCGACGUCUCAUAUUUCUUUCUUUUUUUUUCUCUCUCUCUCUCUCUCUUUGUUAUCCUUACGAAAUGAAAAUUCCUCAUUUGUCCGCUCGUUUUACGGUAACUAUACAAUUUGAAAGUAAACACAUCAUGAUGGAACCCCCGUAAUCUUUCAUCUUCUCGAUAGCUUUUUUAUAUUAAUCGUUCAGACUGCUAUAUCGAUUCACAGAAAACUUAGAAUAGAAGAGAACAGCGGUGGUAGGCCUCGACAAAAGUAGAUUUCGUUGGGAGAUGGGACCUGUUUAAUAAUUAUCUCUAACAAUCGUUUAAUUAUAUUUGAUUAGAUGAGAGCAAGUUUUCCUUGUAAACCUUUCUAUGUACGAGGUAAUUUUAUCAUAAACACUUCUUUUCUACCAUGUGUGAAAUUGCAUGAAAUCGCGAGACACCCCGGGGAGAACGACGAUUUUUUACGGCAACUCGGCAUCUUUUAUCCCGCGAUUCUUCUACAAUUGCAUUGGUUAAAGGUUUUCUGUACAUACAUAUAAAUAACAGCGAUGACGAAUAAAAAAAAGUGAAUAAAAGAAGCUACGGAAACGAGA